AUGGCGAUUACAUCCUCAAUUCAUCAAGCCACAGUGACACGGUUUUUGCUGCGGAAGAUGAAGACAAAUUGGAAAUUGUUAGGAGGUCCAGAAAAAGUCAACCAAGUUGCAUCUACUUCAUACAACAUUUUGGAUGAAACUCCUUCGUACGUCCGCGAGUUCAAGCACCUUUUCAAUGCUAAAUCGGUUUCCAAUGUAUAUCCUGGCUUUCUGGACGCGGAAUCUCGCUUUACGGUGCAAAGCGAAUUAUUGAAAGACGAUACUUUAACAGUUUUAUGUGAGUUGACCGUCACUGAUGGAGCUGUAAGUACUGAGAUAUUGAAAAGUUGCCAUGAUACUGAUAGGGAAAUUGAUCUCAAGUCACUUCCUAGGAAUUUAUUGAGCUUACUGAAAAGUGAAAAAUAUAGUGAUAUGGUUUUAAAAUGCGAGGAUGAUGUUCUUAAUGUUCACAAGUGUAUUCUAGCUGCCCGAUCCCCUGUCUUUGAAAGAAUGUUCGAAAACGAAAUGGCAGAAGCGAAAACUGGAACUGUGAUCGUUAAAGAUAUUAGCAGUUCAGUAAUGAAAUUAUUGAUUAUGUACGUAUACUCGAAUGAUUUGCAUGACUUGUCAAUGGAACAUGCUCCGGAACUGUAUACAGCUGCAGAUAAAUACGAACUCAUUGAUCUUCGGAUCAAGUGUUCCCAAUUCAUGCACGCUCACAUGGACGUAGAUAGUGCUUGCGACGUCUUGAUUCUAGCUGAUCUACAUCAAGACAAAGUGCUAAAAGCAUCUGCAAAGGAUUUUAUUAGUCGUCGGGCAGGGCAGACAUUGUUAACUCCGCAAGGACGGCAGAUGAUGGAAAAUCAUCCAAAUUUAGCAUAUGACAUCUUAGAAAAUCUCUCUGCUGUUUAUUGUACCUUACCUCCACAAGAGUUUCAUGAUAAGAAAUCAAAGCAAGAUUUCUUGUUAAGAAAGAGUAAAGACAUUACGGAAAUGAACGGUUGA